AUGUCGCCAUUUCCUGUCACAUCAGGCGUUCUCUUGCUUUUCUCUCUCUCUCUCUCUCUCUCUCUCUCUCUCUCUCUUUCUUUGUGUUCCUUUCUUUUGUGUUUUAUUUUUAUUUUCUUUCUUUUUAUCUUUUUGAUUUUUUUUUUACUUUUCUAUAGUCUUGAUUUUAUUUCUUUAUUUCUUCUCUUCAUAUCUACCUCUAUCUAUAAAUGUGUUUCUAUCUAUCUAUCUAUCUAUCUAUCUCAUUUUGUUCAUAUCAAUAUCUCUCUCUCUCUCUAUCUAUCUAUCUAUGCAUCUAUAAAUGUUUUUAUCUGUCUAUCUAUCUAUAUAUCUAAGACUAUUCAUAUCUAUCUAUCUAUCUAUCUAUCUAUCUAUCUAUCUAUCUAUCUAUCUAAGACUAUUCAUAUCUAUCUAUCUAUCUAUCUAUCUAUAAAAUGUCAUUUUGAAUUAUUAUUUUCCAUGCAGACAGUUCCUCUCUCGGUUGAAGAUUGGCACAAUAUGAUUAUCCUAUUCUUAUUUCUACUGAUUUGUCCAUUUGUCACUGAAAUGCAAAUUUGGUCAAUCCAUUUAUUUAUCUCGCAUCCAAUCAGAAGAUCGAUCAUAUAUCUAUCAACGCUAUGUCAGAAACCUAAAGAGAGCAUACUCAAUAGACAAGACUUCACCUAUUUUCUUGUAAGUUGUGGGUUCAAUCCUCUCACCGUUUAG